AUGUCUGAAGAGAUAAAAAUCGAUCCUACAACUAUUGCAAGACUUUUCCAUACAGUGUCAUUUUCAGACUCAGAAAAUAUUCGGAUCACCAAAAAAACAUUGGCUCUGGUUUCUGAGUAUGCCAAAUUGUUUACAGACGAAGCUAUAGUACGUUCUAAUGAGUACAGAUUGGAAGAGAGACGUAGACUAGCCAACAGUUACCAAACAGAUACGAAUGAAAUUAGUACGACUAACGAGGCUGCUCCAACAGGUGGAGCUCUAGACGCAAAGCAUUUAGAAGCAAUUGCAGGACUACUAGUGUUGGACUUUUAA